AUGCCGCAUGCGAUAAUGGUUUCUCGAGGAUCAUCGUUGGAAGCUCUACCGAAUGAGCUUCUGGACGAGAUUAUCUCCAAUCUGUCAUAUCCGCCCCCUUCAUUAGCCAGGCUACACCAACCGCCAAGCAGUAAUAUCGUCAAGUCGGGUACCCGGGAUCUGAAGAACCUCUCAUGCACCUCUUCGCGUUUGCUCGAGGUCACACGACCCCGAUUAUUCUCUCACGUUUGCUUUGAUCUCCGGGAUGUAGAUGAGUUUCUCUCCUUUAUAUCCGAUUCAAGUCUAGCUCGACAUGUAAGUUCAGCCGUGGUCAAAGGGCAAGACUCCUCGGAUGAUCGAGAGGAUCCAUUCUGGUGGCGCCGGGCAUUGUCCUAUCUUGAUCCACAGCGCAUUGCAGUCAUUGCAUCGCCUUCGUUCAUUGGCAAAAUGACAGGCGCGCAGAUAUUCGAGGGGCAUAGCUGGGCUUUCCAAACCCCACUUCAGAUCUUGCAGUUAGAGCAGGACACUCGAAGCUCUGACCCUCCACCACUAUCGCAUCUUGGAAAGUGCUCCACGCUACUUGAAGCUCGAUCAUGGUCCUCGCUGCUAUUCAACGAGUCUUCUUCUCUCAAGGCGUAUAACCACUAUGAAUACUUCCUGUUUCAGGUUCCUUCACUGUUCAACACAUGGGGCUCAUUAGCGCACGUUAAACCUCGUCCGCAAAAGUUAACCUCACCCCCCGCACUGAGCAAAUUGACGUCCUUUCGGUACACCGCCGUAUUCCCGUUCUAUAAUCAUGUCAAAUUAGUCUUAAAUGCAGUGGAGCUGAUGGAGAAUUUACGGUCAUUGAGUGUCCAGUUAGCACCGUGUGAGGGCGACAAGGCUACCGAGCUAGAACAGAGGGGGUCUAUGGACCUAGUGACCCUUGGAUGGAAAUCGCUACAGGCUAUUCGCUUAUCGGGCAUUCUGUAA